AGUUGGCUUGAUCUGGAAAGGAAAACCAGAGGUGAUGCUAUCAGUACUGAAAACAAGCAGGUCAUUUUCAACUAUGAAACAAGCAGACCCACAGGAGACAAAAAAGAUGUAAUCCGAAAGAGAACUGGGAAGAAGCAGCAUAUCGGACAUGCGAAGCACGUACUGGAAAAAACGCAAACAGAGAUAUUUUUAGAUUUCAAGGCACAACAUCCGGAAAUAACGAUUAAACAACGAAAGUUGAAGAGUCUGAAGCCAUUUUUUGUGCGGUCUGCAAAAGAAAAGGACAGAAGAUCUUACCUCUUACCUCAAGGAAGCAUGUAG